AAGAUUGAGGAAAAACUGGGAGGCUUUUUUUUCCUUCUUUUUUUUUUUUUCUCUCGAUCCUUUCCUCUCUUUCGAUGGGAGGAGGGAUCAAACCACUGCUGCUGCCGCUCCUGCUGCUGCUGCUACUGCUGUUGAUUUGUUUGAUCGCCACUCCAGCAGAUGCUACGUGCGCACAAAUGGAGAAGUACUAUCUGCUAUCUCACGCUUGCGAUUUCUACUUUGAGGGCUACUACAACUUUCCGCCCUCGCUGGAGCUGGCCGAGAACACGACAUACCCUCUCACGGUGCUGGCCAGGGAUGGCACGCCAAUCUCGGGCAUUAAAACCAUCCACCAGUGCAAGAUCUUCACUCCAAACCCGCUCUCCUACACGGGCCAGGAGCACGAAUGCCCCGUCAACUUCACCAUCGACAGCAAGAACCAGAUCCAAACCGACCGCUUCUCGCAACACGGCGCGCUCCUGGGGACGCUCCAGGCCAGCGUGAUCAUGAUCUAUCUCAGCAACAUCGCCCUGGAGGAUGGGACUCUGCUCACGCCCGGCGAUGGCAACACCAAGUUCCUCGAGUCGAGGAGGUGCGUGGCGUUCAUCCGGCUCCCCGAUCUCGACGGGACCAUCCGGGCCAUGCGGGCGGUGAGCUCCGAGUUUGAGGUCUUCGGCACCAAAGUUGCCGAGGAGUUCCUCAAAACCAUGAAAGAGGUGGAGGCCGCGCUGAAGAAAGCUCUCGGCCACGACAUGGAUCCUCUUGGAGCAGCCGGCAGUGGGAUUCCUUUCGGGAUGUUCUUCCCAUAGAUCAUCAAAUUCCCCGAUCGAUCGACUGCAACCCAACCAAAGCCAACUUUUGGAGAAUUUGGAAAACUUUUCGAUCGCAUUCGACCCGAAAAAAAAUAUUAAUCACGCCCAUCCAACUCGUCUUUCGACAUCGUGGCGACCUUUC